CGAACAAGACCAAAAUAUCAUAUAUUGUUUGUAUCGUUCAGAAAACAGUAAUUUAUAUUAUAUAUAAUUUUAUAAUGAAUAACGAAAGUGUUAAAAAUCGUUUGCUCACUUUUAUAAAAUAGUCAUCUAUAAGGUUGACGGUGUGACUCAUGAGUCAUGAUCAUCACUAUGGAUAGUAAUAUCAACUAAUAUGCCCAAGUAUAACAUAAACUCAAUAGGUGUCUAUGGUAACAAACAACAAUUCAGCUACCGAAUUCACUCUAUGUACUGCAGCCAACUAUAAUAAAAUAUAGACUAAACUAACUAGUGUUUACUAGUGCACCACUAGUAGUCUAUUCUUCUAUUUUUAUAUUCUAUCAUUAUUGUGUCAAUUGCAACAAUAUGACUGAACAGGAAGAUAAAAUGGAUGCGUCUACGGUUAAAAAACUCGUAAAUCGUAUCAAGGCUUGUACAUUUCUCCCGUACCUAAACAAAUGUGACUGGUCCAUUGACGUAUUAUCUAGUAUAGAGGAGUUCAUCAGCACGGAUCGGCAAAUGAUUUGUUUGUUUUAUGAAAACAAUAUACUUAAAGCCACGUUUUGUAUACCCGAUGCUCGUACAGAUUCUAUUAUGUGGUUUCUAAAGACGCCCGACAGCGAACACACAAAUCUGAAUACCUCCAAUUUCUUAAAAUUGAUUUCAUUCGGAAAAAUGGACACACAAGUGGAGAAAACAAUGUUUUUAUUAUUGGACUCUUUGUAUUCUCCCUUUAUAUUUUCUUGGUCAGCUAGUGAAAAAGAUCAAUUUUUCGAACAAUACAGAGCCGUUAUUCAAGAAUUAUGUUCAUUGAGAUACAAGUUUUUAGGAAUGCCUAGUAUUUACAUUCCAACAAUCGUAGGAAAAUUUGAUGAAACUUCAAAAAGUAUUAGUGAAGAAACUCUCAAAGUGCUAGAAAAUAUUUUAAACGUAUAUACUUUAGAAAUUCAAAAAUGCUUAAUGGACACUGAAAGAGUACCAACUAGAUGUGAAUAUAUGAUGGAGCAUAUUGUUGAUGAGAUAGGUUAUUGGAAAACUAGACUAACAAAUUUACGAUUCAUAACUACUUUAUUAAGUUAUAAGAGUGUUGAAGAGAUUCUUACAAUAUUGAAGCAGCAUCAAUCGAUUCUUGUCCAUUCUUUCAACAAUGCUUUGGAUGAAAUUAAGGCAGCCAAAGUAGAAGCCAAAUCCAAUCUGAAUUACUUACAAAUAUUAUGGGAUCCAGUUAUGAGCUUAUACAAUGUACAAUCACCAAAUGACGUAUUAACAAGAUUGCCAGACAUAUUUGUUAAGUUUAUUUUUAUUUUUGAAGAAUCGGAGUACUACAAUAAAUGGUCCGACAUAAGUCGCCUGUACGAAUAUCUCGGAAAUCAAAUUGUGUUCAUUUGCCGAAAAACCAUAAAAAUGUCGGAACUAUUCUCUGGAAAUACAGAAAGUGUUUUGAAUAAACUACGAGUUUCGAUGAAUUGUUGUGAAAAUUAUAUUUCAAUAUAUACUAAAGUAAUAACAGCGAUUGAUUUUCUAUAUUUUUACCAUUGUUUGAUUGCACAUCAAAAUAUUUGACAGGUAAUUG